AACAAAAAAAAACAAAUAGAACGAGAAGAAGACGGCUGUUGGAGUCUGGACUCUGGACUCUGGAAGGAAGAAGAGAAGAAAAUUGAAUGACUUGAGGGAAAACAAGAAAAAAAAAAAAAAAAAAAACAAACAGAGAAGGGGGAGAAUGAAGAAGCUAAGAUGGGCAAUGGAUGGAGGAUUUUGGGAGCUGGACGUUUCCACACCCUUAACCCUGGAAGGAGAGGCUCGAGCGGUGCCUGGAGACCCUCUUCCACUUGGUUUAUGCAGAGGCACAAAGCUCUCGAGGACCAAGCAGAUCCAUUUCUUCCAGCGCUUUAUGGCUUCUCCCUUUGUACCGUCUUAUUCUCCUUCCACUCGUGGACAUGGCUUCUCUUUCCAAAGCGUUCUCCCUAUCCCCACCUUCAGUCAAAAUUGGUUUGGCACAUUGCUGGGUCAAUUCAAUUUGCAAAAGUUUUUGUCCUCUCUUAAUGAGAGCUCCAAUUUGCAAUCAUCACUCUCUUCUCGUCUCCAAACCAUUUGUCGACGUCUUCGUGACAAAUCAUUAUACGCAGUCGGUUUCUGCUCAGAGCUCUACGUCACUCCCGAUGACACGCUUCUCUUUAGCUUUGACACUUACGGUGAUAAUAGGUCAACCCGUAAGAAAGCAGUCCUUCAUCACAAGUUCCCCAAUCACAACCUAACCUUGGAGGCUGUUUCCCCUGGACUUUUUGCCGACAACUCUGGCAACUACUGGGAUGUUCCUUUCUCAAUGGCCAUUGACCUCGCCUCCGUCACUUCUUCUGACUCGGGUCCCAGUUUCCGCUUGUGUGUGCAUCAUAACUCAGGGUCGCCAAAGCCGUUUCAAAGUGAUCAGACGUCGGCAGUUCCUGCUGCUCUGCUCCCUGGUUCCUCUGUCAAAAGUGCCUUUUCUUUUAAGAAAAGUAUUGAUAUCUGGAGAAGCAAUGCUCAAAAGUUGAAGAUGGUGCAACCAUAUGAUCUGUUUCUUUCAAAUCCCCAUAUUUCAGCAUCUGGGAUAAUUGGUGCAACUGUGACAACCUAUAUCGGAGAUAAUUCAGUUAGGUCACAAGAAGUAGAUGAUUCUCUAGAUUUUAAAGGUUUAUGUAUUCGUGCACCUGAAGUAAAAUCUGCCUUGUUGGGUGAUAUAUUUUCAUCUGUUGCAUUUACGGCUCAGUAUGGGAACUUCCAACGACCGUUUCUAGAUCUUACUCGAUUUCAUGUUUGCUUGGAUUUUCCUUCUGGGUCCAAAUUUCUUUCGGGCGCUGCAAAAGUAGCACAAGAUUUUUUCAAUUCCCAACAGCCAUCCAUGGGAACAGUUAAAGCGAUUUGCCCAAAUGCCCUGGUUUCCUUCCAACAGCAGAUUGCUGGACCUUUCAGCUUAAGAGUUGAUUCUGGAGUUGUAAUUGAUUGGAAGAAAACAGAUUGGCAUAUGCGUGUUCAUGAUCCAGUGUUUGCCGUGGAGUAUGCGUUGCAGGUCCUUGGUUCAGCAAAGGCUAUUGCUUGGUUUUCCCCAAAACAAAAAGAAUUUAUGGUAGAACUUCGCUUCUUUGAGACAUAAAAAUUCUGCAUGUUUAGACAUUUUUUUUUUAAUUUCAGUAAGGAGGUACCUUUUGUUCCUGAAUAGUUGUAAUAGAAGUUUAUGCAAUUGCAAAAAUGGGUAUGGACAUUCAGCCUUCCAUGACAGGGAAGAAAAAUACAAAUUUACUGCUUGAAAUAGAUUUUAUGGAUG